AUGUCACAAAAAAGCAUAUCGAUGAUCAUAAAAAAUUUAAGGGCAACUGCAAAAUGUUAUGUUCCAAAAAGCUCGCCCACAUCAACAACUAUCCCAGUUAUAAGGGAUCCUAGUACCACACAAUGUCGUAGAAUAUCUUCUGUCAAUACUCUUAUAAGCAAGGAAAGAUAUUCUCCAUUUUCCAGAAAUGUCCAUGAUAAGCCAGUUGUUAUUUGUACCGAUAACGAAGAAGUGGAGACUGUAUCGGAGCACGUAAAAGUCUGA